AUGAAGAUGCAUGGGGUCGAGAAACAUCAUCUUCGACUUUUAGAAGAUGUUAGCGGACCUUUUCGACCAGGGAUAUUAACAGCUCUUGUGGGUGUUAGUGGGUCUGGGAAAACUACUCUCUUGGAUGUAUUAGCUGGACGAAAGACCAGUGGUUACAUUGAAGGAAGUAUAUACAUCUCUGCUUAUCCCAAGAAGCAAUCAACCUUUGCUAGAGUAAGUGCUUACUGUGAACAAAUUGACAUUCAUUCGCCUCAUGUCACUGUCUGUGAGUCGCUCAUACUUUCUACUUGGCUCCGCCUUUCCUCCAAUGUUGAUACCAAAACAAGAAAGAUGUUUGUGGAAGAAGUUACGGAACUAAUAGAACUAGAUAAAUUGAGAGAUGCUUUAGUGGGGCUACCAGGAAUUGAUGGUCUUUCAACAGAACAAAGGAAGAGAUUGAAAAUAGCAGUGGAGUUGGUUGCUAAUCCGUCGACUAUCUUAAUGGACGAACCAACUUCUGGUCUUGAUGCUAGAUCUGCUGCCAUUGUUAUGCGUACCAUGAGAAAUAUCAUAGUUGCAUAUGAAUUCUCUUGGGAACUAACAAGGUGAGAAAAAAAAAAAGGAGAAAAUUGAUGAUCUUUUUCACUCUAAGUUUAUUUUGAUGAGAAAUUGGUACUUAACCUUUCUGUUUGAGAAAAGUUUUGAAAUUUUUUCUCUUCUCUUCUCUUAUUUUCCACACACAGACAUGAAGCGAAGUUCUCCCUUUAUCAAAGCUGGAUUAUUUCUUCACCUUCUUUUUUCAAGUUUUCAUCUUUGGGUGUAAGCGGUGCUUCUUUCGACAAUUUUUCAAUUUCGUUGGCAAGGCUGACUACUUGGCAUUAUGUAAUGGAUUCAUCGAGGUUAUCCUUGCUCCAGGAUGUAAAUUUGAUGUUAAGAAGCAUAUUUAAAGGUAUUUAGAAGAUGGCUUCAAAAUAAUUGUGGGAGUGAGGUAAUAUAUAGUUUACUAUACUCUUCUCUUCAAAAUAAGGUUAGCCUUCCUUCUCCCUAGUUUUUAUAUAAUUUUCUAUAAACAUUUCUCAUAUCUUAUAAAUGUUUACUUUUCUAUUAUAUCUUUGAGUUUUUUUUUUUUUUAUGGAAGACACCAAGUCAGUCUUUGCAAUAAAUUGUAGAUAACUGGAUGUGAAGCUAAGAAAUGGGAGAGUAAAGGUACUUAUAAGACUACGGACGAUAUAUUGGAAGAGGAAAAAGACAAAUUAGGGUUGAUAGUUAUCUACUUCACGACGAAAAUUAGAAAGGAUAAGAUAAUUUUUUAUGAAGAGUACAAUAUUGGUUGAAGAGUUGAUAAAUUGGAAAAUAUUAAGAAUAUAAGAAUAAGGAUUGGCUUAAUGUAUGGGAUGAGACUGCAAGUUUUUUAUGAAAGAUACCAAACCGUUCUUUGCAUUAAAUUGUAGAUAAUAUGACGUGAAGCUAAGAAAUAGGAGAGUAAAGGUAUAUAUAGGACUCAUGGACGAUAUAUUGAAAGAGGAAAAAGACAAAUUAGUCGUUGAUAGUUAUCCAUUUCACGAUGAAGAUAUAGAUAAGUAAGGAUAAGAGAAUUUUAGAUUAAAGUAUGCGCUUUUAUUUAUGCUAUUUGAUGGCAGUGGUCCAACCAUUAUUUGAAUUAAAA